AUGAAGAGAGAGAACUACACAGUGGUGAGUGAAUUUUUUUUCCAGGGUUUUUCCAGCUUUCACGAACACAAGCUUACUCUAUUUGCAAUAUUUCUCACCUUGUAUGUUUUAACCAUGGCUGGCAAUGUCAUCAUUGUGACAAUUAUCAGUAUUGAUCGUCAUCUUCACACCCCCAUGUACUUCUUUCUUAGUAUGCUUUCAACCUCAGAAACAAUAUACACAUUAGUCACUGUACCACCAAUGCUCUCUGGCCUCAUAAGACUAAGCCAGUCCAUCUCCUUGGCUGGCUGUGCCACCCAGAUGUUCUUUUUUAUCACUUUGGCCAUCAACAACUGCUUUCUACUCACAGCAAUGGGGUAUGACCGCUAUGUCGCCAUCUGCAAACCUUUGAGGUAUACAGUCAUCAUGAACAAGAAGGUGUGCGCCCACCUGGUUUGGGGGGCCUGCAGCAUUGGCCUGCUGGUGGCCAUAAUUCAGAUUUCCUCUGUGUUCAGUCAGCCCUUUUGUGGUAAAGAGGUGGCCCAUUAUUUCUGUGACAUCCGCCCAGUUGUGAAACUCUCCUGUGCUGACACCAAUGUUCAUGACAUAAUUACUUUUAUCAUCAGCUCACUUGUCAUUAUGGUACCCAUGGGUUUGGUCUUCAUCUCCUACUUCCUUAUCAUCUCCACCAUCCUCAAGAUUGCCUCAAGUGAGGGUCAAAAGAAGGCUUUUGCAACUUGUGCCUCCCACCUCAUUGUGGUCAUUGUACACUAUGGCUGCGCCUCCAUUGCCUACCUCAAGCCUGAGUCUGAGAACACCAUGGGUCAGGAUCAGCUGAUCUCAGUGGCCUACACCAUCUUUACUCCUCUCCUGAACCCUGUGGUCUACACUCUGAGAAACAAGGAGGUCAGGAAUGCCCUUCACCGUGCUCUCAGCAGAAAACCUCCUGCCUAG